GGUUGGAAACCGAUCUGAUUCCUUUUGUGAUGAAACCUCAUGUUUACUACAAGGUCACUAACGAUCACUUCUUUGAGGAAUUUACGUUGCCAGAAACUUUGAAUCAAAGAACAAUAAAUCGCUUCUAGCCUGUCCGAAUUAACAAGAAUACAGACAACCAAUCUUUCAAGAAACAACUCAAGUUUUUUAGUGUUUUAAACAAUUUCAAGCGUUUUUAUAAUUAGGGAAAAGAGUCCUUUUACAAAAGAGAAGUUUUUGAUUCAAGACCGAAUCAUCCAGAAGUUAACCAAAGAUGCCACAGAACAGCUUUUAUACCAAUGGACUGGCCCAUCCUUUCGUUCAACAUCGAGAUGUAAAUGCUAGUGAACCGGGCUACCAGGAUUUUGGCGGGCAUCAUCAAUUCAAUGGAGGUAUAGGCGGCCUGAAGCGGAAGCAAAAUUGGAUCGAGGACAAGGCGGGAAAUUUUGAAAUGCAGAUAACGCCGCUAGGCCCAACGGCACAGAAACAAGUGCGAAUGACUGAACAAACUGAUGCUUGUUUAAACAAACCAGAAACGAAACAGGCAGAAGAGGCAUCGCUCGCUGAAAACCAAGUGCAGUUAUGCCAAUCAAUAUCAAUGGUUGCACAUAUGACUCCAUCAUUUUAUGCAAGUGAAAACCAGCUAUCAAAUGCAAAUGGUUUUGCAUCAAGUAGAAAACCAGCUGAUAUGGAAAUUGACUGCAGUAUGCAAACAGACGAGGAAGAUCAAGCAAUUGCCACAGAGAAGAUGCCAGCCUGCCAUAAUGAUUAUAGCUGUUAUAGAGUUGAAGAUGUACAGGAACCAAACCAGAGAAAGCAACAUUUUUAUAUCUACAGAUGCAAACCACAGUACUACGUCUUCCAUUAAGUAUGGUGGGUCAUGUUUGGGAAGAAACAAUGAUUCCACUUCAAACUGGUGGGAAGAUAUUAUUGGAUGCUGCCAUGGCUCUUAGAGCCAACUUUGUUUGUACAUACAUAUAGUCAUUAUUUUAAGUACUUUAGUGUUUAUAUUCUAGCAAACAAAAAGAGAUUCUCCAUCACAAGAUUUCUACUUUUAACCAAAGCAGCUAAGAUUUUGGUGAAUUUCUAACUCCUUUGAAAAAACUAGUUUCUAGACAUCUAGAUCUUUUUCAUUUUCUUAGAGCAAUGGCAACGUUAUGACAGCCUCAUCCUUGUGUCAAGGCUGGCCUUGACAUUUUGGCCCUGAGCAGCUUUAGAAAUGUCAACCUGGUGAUUAUUUGUGAAAACCUGUUGUUAAGACAGAACAAGCCUCCUCUUGGUGUAUACACCCAUGUUUCUUCUCAACCUAUGAAAUGCAUACCUAAGAGAAUUGUUAUCUGUCCCUUUAUUCUAGGAAAAAUAUUGUUAAGGGCCUAACUUUGGCACAAUAAUGCAUUUGGUUACUUUGUUCUUAAAAGUUAGAGAUUCUAAUGGAUAAAGUUGUUUCAUUUGUUAGUUUUUUUACAAAAAAACAUUUAAUUCAUCUUUAGGUCAAAUGAUAGAAAUUAUUACAGUUGAAAGUUUUUGCAUUAAAGGUUAUUAUGGUAUUCAAAACACUUUUCUUCAGCACAUCAUAGUUUUAAAUGCGGGUUUUAGAUUUUAGAGUUUUAUCGCACUCUGUAGAUUUUAGAUUUUAGUAACUAGAAGAGUAUUUAAUAGUAAUUGGAACUAUGUUGUUUUACAUGUUGUUCGAAAAAAAUAUUUGAGACUUGAAUUGAAACCAAAGA